AAUGAAGAGACAAAUGGUGUAUAGAUAAAACCAAUCAUUCAUGCUUAAAAUAAAUACCAGUUUUGAAGAAAGAGGAGGAAGAAGAAGAUAUUAAAAUGGAGACGUCUUUUUCCUGUCUCUCCCAGUUGAUCACGCAGUCCCCACUCGAGGCCAUCCCCAGUAAACCCACAUUGUCCACAAAGCUGCUGGGACCCUACCACAAUGACGAUCUGACGGUCCAAACCGCUCCAAACAGAGGCAGUCAAAUCAGCAGCCGUUAAAUCGAUUUGCCAAAAAAGUCAAUCAACUGCACACCUGUCCUCCACGUAGCCCCCUCUAUCCUAGAACUUCCUCUGUCCUUUGUUUGUCCUUUGCCUUCGUUCGCUAAUUAAACGAGGCAAGGCAAGUUGUGACAAAGGCCCAAUCAUUUCGAUCUCUUUUGCUUUUUUUUCCUGUUCUCUGGGUGUUACCGGCGGCAGCACCGAUCAGGGUCGGAGAAAGGCAAGGUUUUGGGAGGGGGUGUGCGUUUGUGGAGAGCACAAAGAGAGAAAAAUGCAAAGAAAGGUCAAGGAAAGAGAGACUCGAGGUUUUGUUUUGGGUGGUUGGGGAUUGGAAAACCCUAAUUAUUGUUUAUCAGUUGGGUUUAACCUCAGAAAAGGGUAAAUGGGUAUGUGAGUGUUUGGUUGCUGAUGAGUGUAUUUGAUGUUUCUUUCAGAUCUGACCUAUAGUGACGAGCCUUCAUGUACCUUUUAGAGUGAGGAUUAGUUCGUUGGGUGAUUAUAUAUUAUUUGUCUUUUUUCUCGAUGAAAAGCAACGAAAAAUUCAAAGGAGGAACAUGGAAGAGACUGACAGAAGAGAGUGAGCACACGCUGCAAGCAAUUGUAUGAGGGCAUACCUUUGCGAGUGCGUGCUCACUUCUCUUCUGUCAGCUUCCCAUUCAGGCUGUGUCUUCCUCUUCUUCCUCUUCAUCUUCAUCUUAGUCUUCCCUUCAUUCUUCUUUGUUAGCCUCUAGCUUCUCUUCCUCUGAACGAUUCUCUUUCACCUUUUAAGUCUCUUUGCAGCAGCUGCCUUUUCUUAUCAUGUUUAUCUGGAUGUUUUUCAUUCAUUCUAGUUCAGAACUCAGAAGCCAUUCCCUCCAAGCUGUUCAAGAAAAAAGGAAAAGAAAGGUACAAAAGGCAAAGGAAAAGCCGCACCCAGAAAUGACACAUCACGCUUGUUGAUAAUACUGAUUGAGCUCAAGAGCGUGACUUUUGAUGGUACUCUUUGGUAGCGAGGACGACGGAAGCGUGAUCCGAAGGUACGCCAGGCUACUGUUCUUGCUUUAACGGAAACUCAUAUUGUAAAUCACAACAUAUUAAUGCUUCACGUUAUUAGCGUUUCUUCUUCUUCUUCUUCUUCUUCCUUCUUAUUCUUCUCGUCUCAGCUGUGGUCGAUCAUGCAAGGCAAGGCACAUGUUUGGAUGCGAGGAGGUGUCUUUUGGAAGUGGGUCUGAGCAGACGCUGCUAAAUAUGGCAAGAAAUAUUUGUUUACGCUUCGGGGCAGAUAUGCACCUUCCUAGCACCAGUAUGAGUAAAGUCUUUGAAGAGGGGAUUUUCCUUAUUCGGCUCUUAUUAUUAAUAUUGCUUGGGGUUUGGGGACAAACUGCGGCUUCCGUCUGUAGGAGGCUAAUCACUCAGAAAAGUAAUGGAUGAGGACAUGCUAAGCCUGAUAUCAAAUGACAGAGUGAAUGCAACUACAGAAGAUCAGUCUGAUUCAAGCAGUGCGACUUAUGCACUUCCUGCAAGAAAGUGUGCAAGACGUGGUAGCAUUGUCUUUACAAAGUUCAAAGGUGUUGUGCCACAGCAAAAUGGGCACUGGGGCGCCCAAAUAUAUGCUAAUCACCAAAGGAUUUGGCUGGGGACUUUCAAGUCCGAAAAGGAAGCAGCCAUGGCUUAUGAUAGUGCAGCUAUCAAGCUUCGGAGUUUGGAUUCCCAUAAAAAUUUUCCAUGGACUGACAUCACAGUUGAAGAACCAAACUUUCAAAAUCUAUACAGUGCUGAAGCAGUCCUCAACAUGAUAAAGGAUGGUUCCUAUCGAUCCAAAUUUGAAGAGUUUCUAAGAACACGUUCACAUGCGGAAACACACAAUGGUUUGAACUUGGCUAGUCUGCAAAGCAGCGGGGGACUAAUGUGGAAGCAACUUUUCCAAAAGGAACUUACACCAAGUGAUGUGAGUAAGUUAAACAGACUUGUAAUCCCGAGAAAAUAUGCCAUCAAGUACUUCCCACGUACUUCUGAAACUGCUGAAGAUAAUAAUGCAGAGGGGGGCACCAUGGAAGAUGUGCUGCUGACUUUCUAUGACAGGUUGAUGAGGCCAUGGAAGUUUCGCUACUGCUAUUGGAAAAGCAGCCAGAGUUUUGUAUUUACAAGGGGUUGGAAUAGGUUUGUGAAGGAAAACCAUCUAAAGUCCAAGGACACCAUUACUUUCUAUUCAUGCGAUUGCAAAGAAGUAGCAAAAGGCAAUCACUCAUUCUACAUGAUUGAUUUUAACCGGGUGGAAAACAGUGGCCCCUUGGUUGAGCAGUCUAGCCUGCAGUAUGUUGGGAUGCAAUUGGAACCAACAGUACUUGAAGUAAACCGUCAAAUUGACCAUUAUGUUAAGGAGAAGAAACUUGAUGAGGUAAAGGAACUGAAGCGACCCAAGCUAACACAUGACAAAAAGACAGGCUUUAGGUUAUUUGGUGUGCUUAUUAUCUGAACCUGAGUAUGGAUUUUGUAGGUUUAUUUUUCCUCUUUUUCUGUGGGAAUUGGAUUAUCAUGACAGAUUUCUAACUGUAUCCCAUGAUAUCUCAAAACGUUUUGCUUGAGGUUUGUUUUGUGGGAAGAUUAGGUUUUAGGGUUAAAAAACUAUUCUUGAGGAGGAUGUCCUAACAGUGCAUCCAAAUAACUAUUUUUGGGCGUUUUCAAUGCACAUGUACUGAUAUAUCAAACAACUCUUUUGAUA